CAGAAAUCGUUCGUAUCUUUUUUCUGGCGUCCAAACUUUCGCGCUUCACGUGUGCCAUAGACCAGCUGUCUUCGUUGCUUCGAUGGAGUGCGUGUCCCACGAGGGUCGUCCACCCCACAACAACAGGGAGGACGGGAGUUUUCUGCGUCCGAACCGACUUGGCGUCGGAUGCAAAGCUUAGCCGAGAGACAGAUCCGCGGCGAUGCGGACAUAACGGAGCCCGACUUUGUGCCAGAAGUCUCCGCGCGUUUCGUCUUCUUCCGCUCGUUCCGCUUGGUUUCACGGCCGACUACCAGAUUCGUCAUCUUUUUCGCGAGUCGGCGAACUUCUUCCAAGGACGUCCCUUGCCUCUAAGACCCAUCCAACGGGGCCAGCAAGCGCAUGCAGCGUCGCGGCGGUGGCAACAUCCCUUGUGCAUCACGAACGGCCUUUUUCCUGCAGUCCCGGCAACCCAUGCGGCAUUUCCCGACCGUCGAGGAUCAAGAACAGGUCUCCAGAUUUUGGAGGGCAGAGGACGGUACAUCGGAAUUUCCGUUGUUUUUUCGCCGACACUCUCAACUCGUCAGUCAGACCAUGGCUCCUGCGGAACCACAUCUACAGAGGUCCCGCAUCAAGGCUCUCCAGGGGUUCAUCUUGGUCUUGUCUCUCGCUUUCCUUUCUCCGGCCUCCGCUUCAGUGACAGACAGAAUGGCAGUCGAUUCCUCCAACUCGGCGACGGGCCCCAUGAGAGUGUUCGCGAUAGGGAAUCCGAUUCUGGACCUCGUCGCCGAGGUGCCCUCUUCCUUCCUCGACGAGUUCUUCCUCAAGAGGGGAGACGCGACUCUCGCGACUCCGGAACAAAUGCGCAUCUACUCCACUCUUGACCAGUUCAAUCCGACUUCCCUGCCUGGUGGCAGUGCACUCAACUCUGUUCGUGUCGUCCAGAAACUCUUGAGAAAGCCUGGCAGCGCUGGGUACAUGGGAGCCAUUGGCGAUGACCCCCGUGGCCAGGUGCUAAAAGAGCUCUGCGACAAGGAAGGCCUCGCCACUCGCUUCAUGGUCGCUCCAGGUCAGAGCACCGGAGUGUGUGCCGUGUUGAUCAACGAGAAAGAACGGACGCUCUGCACGCAUCUCGGCGCAUGCGGUUCCUUCCGACUGCCUGAGGACUGGACUACCUUCGCUUCCGGAGCGCUCAUCUUUUAUGCCACCGCCUACACACUUACUGCGACCCCUAAGAACGCGCUUGAGGUAGCGGGGUAUGCUCAUGGCAUACCGAACGCCAUCUUUACGCUGAACUUGUCGGCUCCGUUCUGCGUUGAGCUGUACAAGGACGCGAUGCAGUCUUUGCUUCUCCAUACGAACAUUCUCUUUGGAAACGAAGAGGAGUUCGCGCAUUUGGCGAAAGUUCACAAUCUCGUGGCUGCUGAGAAGACGGCGCUGUCCACUGCGAACAAAGAACACGCAGUGGAAGUGUGCACGGGCGCCUUGCGUCUGCUCACUGCCGGUCAGAACACGGGCGCGACGAAGCUCGUUGUCAUGACACGGGGUCACAACCCCGUCAUUGCUGCUGAGCAAACAGCCGACGGAACUGUGGUCGUCCACGAAGUUGGUGUCCCGGUGGUUGCUGCGGAAAAAAUUGUGGACACCAACGGCGCGGGCGACGCGUUUGUCGGCGGUUUUCUCUAUGCACUCUCGCAGGGAAAAACGGUGAAACAGUGCAUCAUGUGCGGCAACGCUUGUGCUCAGGAUGUGAUUCAGCAUGUAGGAUUUAGUCUCAGCUUCACUUCACUUCCGUGUUGAACUGGUUGAUCUGCAGCAUGUACACCCUUGAAAGGGGGGGGAUUGGGGAAUCCCACACACGGUCCAAAAAGUUCGCUUCUUUGAACGGCCGUCUUUUGCCAGGCGUCAACGUGUGCCCUGUGCUCAACUGUACAGAAAUCCUCAGUUUAGUUUCGCCGUUUGGCUCUUCCGAACCCAUGUACAUUAGCCUUGCAGGGUCGUGUUUCCCAGUGCUUUCCGCCGUGAUGCGACCGUGUGGCAGUCUCCGUGUGUUUGAGGUGGAAGUUCGUUCGGUCCAAAAUGGUGUGGCAGUGAAAUGGUGCAUUCACGGGAACGUAGUCCCACAGUUUCGCUCCAUACGCCGCGUGUAUUGGCCAAAAUAGUCGUUGCAGAACUCGUUUGGCAAGUCAAAUGACGGAUUCAGUUCCACAGGAUAUCGCGAGCAAUCAGCCAAAGGGCCUCCAACGGGAUCAGCAAAGUCCCAAAAUCUCCUUUUCCGGUCAAAACUGAGGCACAGAGAUGUCAACGGCGGGUUUUUAUGGCGUCAGACAUGCAGCUGGACAAACAGCCACGCACGAUUGCCGCCGGCCGAGAGACACCGAAAACGAAACGAAAGACUUAGAAAUUUCCACACAACGAAGCAUAUACGAAACGCAGCUGGGAUGUCUGACACCAGCAAUCGCCGCUCAUCUGAAACAAAAACGACAGGCACAUACACAAAGGCACCAUUUUCUCGCUUCAUGCAUAUAAAUAUGUAUGUUCAAAUAUUUUCAUCACAAGGCCCUUUCGGUCGGUUCAACUUCUGCUCAAACAAACCAAGAACCUCUAACAUGUGUACCUCAGUUUGACGACGCUGGAGACGCGCUGGUAUGUCUGGAUAUAUAUUUGCAUGUAUGUGCACGAUGCGUGUGUCUUCCUAUGCGCACCGUGUUCGUUUAUAGGCAGCACUGCUCUGUAUAACUGUUUUCGUGGAGUCUAGGAGCCUCUCGAAUAUACAUCCAUGUAUCUUGCCUUCUUUCGCUACGUCCGCACUAUUGAAUCCACAGCGUUUCCAAGGGGUGGAACGAGAGACUAGAACAUGGUUGCUUUUCGACUCCUAGCAAGUUGUAAGAACGUUCACGAUUGUUUCCAUUCUUCCAUCUUCCACACCAGUGACCUCAUGAGCCUGUCAGUCAUUGUCCUCUACGUUCCUAGACCUACGAACAAAUAAGCGAGGUCUGCUGGCGACAUUCCGCACAGUACUCGAUAAUCGAACGAUUUAAAACAAGGUGUUGUUGCAACUGUUACAACACCCCCCUCAAAUCGAAUCACAGAUAUGUGUCGGGCCUGGGGCGUGCACCCUCUAUGGAUAGGAUUCUUGUUUCGACUGCAUCAACGAGACUGACAAGGCGGAAGGCUACGACUGAUGCUACGCAGUGGCAGGCAGAGUAGACAAGAAGCCUGACAAUCAGUAUGCCACGAAAACUGUGCAACAACACUCAACUCAUCUGGAAUUCCGAACGUGUCAGUUCGAGAUCCCGGCGUUUCUGGAGGCCAAGAUAUCGACAGAGGAGCAAGAAUCUGCGCGCAUGUGUGCCAGGUCUCUUGCUUGGAUUAGCAGACAACACCUUCAGGAAACACUGUCGGGCGCAUUUGUCGGUGCCCCGCGAGUUGCUUGCGUUUCUUACUCUCCAUAACAUCAUCAACAUCACAGCUAUCUACUGCUAUCGUACCGGAAUGGUACUUUCUCGUAUAUCCCGGGAUGUUAAAAGUGCCCAGCGUAUAUUUGAAAACCCAACAUUUGCCGACGGAGUAUACACAUACCAAGAUAUUGUUGCACAUCUGCACUUGUCUCGCAGAGCAACCUCUGCAACUUCCCCAGGAAUAUAGUGCCUCGGGACAGCAUUGAAGGACACGAUAAACCAGUUAUUGCCGUCUCGUUUUCCGGAGUAUACGAGGAGGGAAGGCGACGAGAACAAAGGCAAUCUUACAUUGUCUUGACUCGAGAGAAACGCAACAUCUUGUAUAGAAGAGACACACGUGCAGAAAAGUGAACGGUCGCGACAUCCUUCAGUUUCUGUGUGCGGUACCGUUCUAGCAAUCGUUAAACCAUGUGUACAGUGAGAGACGCUCGACACUUUUUCACCCCUUCUUCCCGGUUCCGCUGCAUUCCCUGCCUUUCUGGAAGUGUGCAAGCGUGUCCAAUCUCUGUGCGAAGGUAG